AUGGCUGAUCUCACUUCCUUGGAGACAGAUUUGUCGGAAUGCAAUUCUCAGAUUGAAACUGUCAUGCUAGGCUUGGAGGUAGACCCUGAUAAUGCAGAACUAAACAGUCUCAAAGCCGAGCUCGAAGAAUACAUGGACGCCCUCAAAACUCAAAUCGCUGAACUCAAGUCAAUUGCGCCCAAACCAGCUUCCAAGGGUCGAUUCAAGGAUAAUACUUCCAAGUCUACUGAGCAUACAGAGGAGGCAUCUGCUGUGACUACUCCCGAAUCGUUCUCGGUGAACGACAUCGUUCUCGCGCGCUGGGUCUCUGGCGAUAAGGCUUUCUACCCGGCCAAAAUUAACUCCAUCACGGGCUCAUCCACCAACCCAGUCUACCUUGUCACAUUCAAGUCAUAUGCAACUGUGGAAACUUUGACAGCCAAGGAUAUCCGACCCAUCUCUGGCACUGACUCGCGAAAGCGCAAGGCUGAUGGAACACCAGGCAGUUCGGCAUUUCCCUCGCCCGCUCCCCCUCACCCCGGUGUGAUCUCCGCCGCGGCAGAUAUCAACCCCGCCCUGGCUACCCAGGCUCGCAACGAACCCCAUAAGGACGGCGAUGGACUGGCCCGCCCCACCAAGGUGCCCCGUAAGUUCAAGGCGCAGAAGGAGCUCGAAGAAGGAAAGAAUAAGUGGAAGGAUUUCGCUGCAAAGACCAAGGGCAAGGGCAAGGGUGCGUUUGGCAAAAAGGAGAGCAUGUUCCGCACGGGUGAAGGCGUCAAUGCACGAGUGGGAUUUACAGGUUCCGGACAAACCAUGCGGAAGGAUCCGACCCGAACCCGCCACGUUUACCAAAAGACCGACGAAGACGGCUAUUAG